AUGACAAGAUCAGCACCUGUCUCUCACCCGGAUCGUCCGUUCUCACCUUCUCCUCCAAGAGAGAAUCGUCAUUCUGCUUCAAGACCUCCUUCCAUCUUAUUGGGUGCGCCACCAGUGGGCACGGUAGCUACCUCUUCUACAUUUAACAUCUCUGGCCUUCCUUCUACGCCACCACACAGCCAUCCAUUUACCAGGAAGUUCCCUUCUCACGAGGACGUGCGCGAUCUUAAAUCUCUCCAUUACGACAACGUGCCUCGAACAAGACAUGAGAGCGUACCAAGUUCUGUUCGAGGCGAUCCUUUUCAUCAAGAUUACUCACAAGGCAGGCCGGUCAGUAUACGAUCUAGUCGCAUAAGAAGUGACUCGGAAUCUUCCACCACUUCUUCAGCUUCGCCGCCAUUGGGAGCGACAUCGCUUUUAGCUGCGAUGGCAGCUACAACUCCGCUCACAAAGGGACAGCAGACACCUGAAAAAUCCCCCAAUACCCACCGUGGUCAUACGCCGACUGCCAGUGAGGGCACAAACCCUCAAACACCCAAAUACGAUGCCCACGGUUCGCCUAAAUCAUUUGAGAGUACUUAUAGCUCUUCGUCGUCAUUUCUUGGCGGCAUGUCGGCAUCUAAAUCGCUCCCUCGUCUGCAUCAGCCCACAGUUGUUAGACGAACAUCGGGACGAGGUCUCGCUUUUCUCCCUCCUCCAGCCCAAAUCUCAAGCCCCUCAACACUCGCGCAACAUCAUCCGCAGUCCCCCAGAGCCAGCAUGUCUUCGUCAUCACGCAAAGGUAAACACCCUUCCAUAGUCAGUCUUGAACACAUACAGCACGCUGCUCACAUGGUGGAUCUGGGUCGCCCUCUCGAUGUCUCCAAUCGCGAGCGCGAACGCGACAGUCUUAUAUCGAUGAAGGCGAGCGAAACCGAUAUUGCCUUUGAGCCUUUGGAAUACAGUGAUAUCCCUUUACCUCCUUCUCCUGAUGACUCUGAGUCGCUACACGAAGUUAAAAAGGUUGCCGAGGCCACAGUACGCCCGGUUUUGCUUGUCCACCAACAUAACACUGACAGCUCGCUCUCGCAGACCUCAUUUCACUUGUCGGCUUCCGUAAUGGAAGAAGCGUUUCCCCCGAAUGUUUUAUUCGACAGUCAUGAUCGUGAUCCAGUCCCUGCGGAAGAGCAGAAAGAAGCUGGUCGAAGUUGCACGUGUGACCUUACGGAUGCACGCAACACACCUGCAGAGGAAUCGGAAGACCAUAUGGUGAGGAUAAAUCAAGCAUUGCGGAUCAUACUGAUAUUCUCCCAGCUCCAUGAAGUGUCAUCGGACAUUCGUAUCGCAUCAUCUGUUGUUCGUCCAGCGUCCGCUGUCUUGACGGAGACCCGCUCAAUUGCACCUCCCAUCGGCGAAGCGGGAAAACCGGAUCUGCCUUACAAGCCACGAAAAGGUGCACCAACAUUUAAAGAAACGAGUCCUUCGUCCAAAAACAAUACAAGAGAAAUUUCCGUUUUUGCCACCUUAAACCACCCCUCCCUACCCCUUCCUCAGCUGACAUCCCAUCGGUUGGAACUCUGUUUGGCCUGGGGAAAUGCUCAGAUACUCCAGUGGGUACCUGGAAGAAGGUACAUUCCCAACUGGAACUUGAAGAUCGUUCGCGGCUCCUCCGAAAAUCCCUCAGUAAUCGAUGUCCGUGUUGUAGUGAAAACUGUUAUGUCCAAGCUUCCCAUCCUGUGGCGCUUUGCGUCCUGGAUCUGA